UAUGCCUUGUACAACCGCACCUGGUCACAUUGUAAUUCUUGCAACACAACAACCGGCUCGCUUUUUUCUUUAAUAAAAAGAUUUUUGGCAUUCCAAAAUAUGAUUACCGACGUGCAAUUGGCUAUUUUCUCGAACGUCCUGGGCGUGUUCCUGUUCCUGCUGGUGGUGGCAUACCAUUACAUUAAUGCCAACACAGGAAAACCCAUCCCAAAGGCGAAAUGAUCUUCGAGGUUUUGAAUAACAAACUUAUAUUAUGAUAAGGAUAAUGCUGCUUCUUCAUUCGCAAAAUAAAUAGUCGUGUAAAUCUAA